UUGAAACAACUCAAUCUUUCGAAACAAAUUAUUUCAGCAACCCAAAACAGAGAAAUUACUAAUUAGCUAGCUAGGUACAUCUUCCAAACCGUAACUAUGGUGGAUGUAGCGAAUUCAGCUUAUUUUCAUGCCACUGAACACAGGCCCAAGCACGCCAUCACCGAGGCCGAAAACAUACCACUAAUUGAUCUCUCGGCCAAGUCCAACCUUUUAGCUGAUAUAAGGGACGCAAGCAAGGAAUGGGGAUUCUUCCAAGUUGUCAACCAUGGAGUCUCCCAAAAAUUGCGCCGGAAUAUUGAGUCGGCGGCGAGAGAGUUCUUUGCGCAAUCCAAAGAGGAAAAAGGGAAGGUGAAGAGGGAUGAAGCAAACCCAUUGGGUUACUACGACUCUGAACAUACAAAGAACGUUAGGGACUGGAAAGAGGUGUUUGAUCUCGCCGUUGACAGUCCAAUGGUGAUGCCGGUUUCCCAUGAUCCCGACGACAAGGAGCUCGUGGAGUUGCAUAAUCGGUGGCCGGGAUACCCUCCUAAUUUCCGGGAGGCCUGCCAAGAAUACGCUCUUGAAGUGAAAAACCUAGCUUUCAAGCUAUUGCAACUCAUUUCCUUGAGCUUAGGAUUGCCAGAAAACCAUUUGGAUGGCUUCUUCAAAGAUCAUGCAAGCUUUAUCAGGAUCAAUCACUAUCCGCCCUGCCCAACCCCUGACGGCGCUCUUGGCGUCGGUCCGCACAAGGAUUCCGGUGGCUUAACCAUUUUGGCUCAAGACGACGUGGGAGGAUUGGAAGUGAAGCGGAAAGCAGAUGGGGCGUGGAUUCGAGUUGAACCCAUCCCGGAUGCAUAUAUUGUUAAUCUUGGUGCCAUUAUGCAGGUUUUGAGCAAUGACAUAUACCAGAGUGUGGAGCACAGGGCCGCGGUGAACUCCGAGAGGGAGAGGUUUUCAAUUGGAUUCUUCUUCAACCCAGCACACCAUGUCAAUGUGGAGCCCCUGAGAGAGCUGAUACAUCACCAGAAUAACCCAGCAAAGUACAGGCCUUACAACUGGGGAAAGUUCGUUGCCACUAGAAGGCGCAGUAAUUUCAAGAAGUUGGAUGUCCAAAACAUCCAAAUUUCUGAUUUCAAGAUUAAUGCAGCAGAGUAAUCCGGCCGGGACUAUAAUAAAUAAAUAGAAAUAAGAGGUCCGAAUAAACUGUUGCGCGCGUCUAGUUGUACGACUACUAGCUAGAUAGCUUCCUUAUGGUAAUUAGAUGGCGUGUUGCGUAUGUAUGUAUGUACUGUAACGAUCGAUUGCGUGGCCGGAUGUGAAUAGAAAUAAGAGGUCCGAACAAACAGUAGUGUUGUGUUUGAGUUGUUGUAUUAUCUGUUUUUGUGUACAACCAUAUAUAAUUAAGUUGUUUUAGAGCUUACCAUAGUGCUUUGUAUGAACAAAUAAAUACUUAUAGCUUAAUUAUCAUUGCUUUCUUUUCCUUA